AUGUCCAUCUCGUCUCGUCUCCAACAAAUUCUCGAUCUACAAAAAAAGGGAGACAUUGCCAAUGGUCAUUCCAUUCUUGUUCAAAUGACCCGAGAAGCUCGUUCCACUGAUUUCCAAAAAGAAUUACUCGAUCCAGCAUCGGAAGCACUUGAUGAUUUGUGUUUAAUGCUCUCCAAUAAGGAAAUGAAUUUUAAAUUUAUUGUUGUGAAUAUUUUAGCAACAGUGGCAAGUUUGAAUCCAAAAUUAUGUCAAGAAAUUGUAAAGAGAUCGGAUACCGUUGAUGAAAUGAUAUCCAUUGCUCGUGAACAUAAGAAUAUGAUUCAACCGGUGAGAGAUGUGACUGCUUUUUUGAGAAAUGCUGCAUUGACAGCGGAUAACAAAUCCACUCUCACUCGAUUCAAGUGUCAUGAAAUGGCAGCCACUUUACUCGCUCAUUAUUUAAAGAAUGUGAAACAAGCAGAGUUUGCAUUGGAUAAUUGUUGUGCUAUUUUGGCAUUACUUGUGAAAAACGAUGGAGAGUUAGCAUUUAUGGUUGGAACCACUCUCAAUGUCAUUCCCAUGUUAAAAACAAUAUUAUCUGAUGUGACUCUUCAACAAGAAGCCAAAGAAAAGACCAAUCCAAGUGCUCAACGUCUCGUAAAAUCCAUUUUACAAUUGUAUCAAUAUUUAUGUCACUUUUCAAAUGGUAAUCACAAAACGUUGGUAGAAUCAGGAGGUCAUGUUGUUCUCUCAAAUUUAAUUGGAUUGUAUCAAUCUUGCUUUGAAGAAGCAUCAACAGCUGCCUCUAAAGUUUUACACAUUAUUGGACAAACACAUUUAAUUUCAAACGCAGGAGGAAGUCCAGCAUUGAAUGAAGAAUCCAUUACUGGAAUUGUGAAUGAUUUGAAAUCUGGAAUUCCUGCCAAACAAAAGAAGGCAUGUGAAUUGUUAUGGGAAGCAACCGAAGAAGAUGAAAACAUUCCUCCAUUUGUAAAUUCUGAAAUUCCUGACUUGUUGAUUGGUUUGUUGGAGAGUGAAUAUUUGCAAAUUUUAGAGCCAUCUACUGGAGCACUCUCGAAUUUAGUUCGUGAUCCUGCUGUACUUGUCAAGAUGGCUUCCAAGAAAAUUCUUUCCAUUCUCUCUGCAUUUAUCAAACAAGAAACAAGCUCAAAAUUAGUUCUCAAUGCAGUCGCCAUUUGUGUCUAUAUUGGUAACUCGAGAACACUCUUAGAAAGAUUGAGUGAAAUUAAUUUUGCUUCGAUUUGUUCUCAAACCUUUGAUCGAUUCUUCCAAAUGAUUGAAAUCAAAGAAGUUGGACAAGUUGAAAUUCAAAUAUUGAUGGCUCUUUUGAAAUUAUUCUCUAACUUUGCAAGAACUAAAAUCUCAGCCAUUGAAUUGAAAGAAACUGGAAUUGUGGAUACCAUGUUACGUGUCAUUAUGAAAGAACCUACUCGUCAAAACUUUGAAAUUAGAAAAAGUUCAUGUGAAACUUUAUACAACUUGUAUAAUGUCGACGAAAUUAGAGAUUAUAUUGAUAGUAUUGAAGGUGCCAUGGGAUACAUGACAGACAUGAUUGGAAUGAUUGAUUUAUCAAAUUGUGACCGAAUUCUUAGUAUGAAAAAUAAUGGAGCCACUGAAGAUGAAAUUAGACAAGCACUCGAUGAUGACAAUGCUUCAUUUAAACCCAUUGAUAACGAUGCUUUCAAAUUGGCAAGCUUUGAUGAUGAUGAUUCGGAUGAUGAUGAUUCGGAUGAAGAUUACGAUGAAGAUUUGGAAGGUGAAAUUACUGAACUCAGACCUUCGACCGAUGAAGAAUUACUAGUCUCAGAAUUGGAACCUGAAGAUGACGAAGAUUUGAAUGAAUUACAACCCUCUGAAUUGGAACCUGCAGAUGACGAUGAAUUGCAGCCAUCUGAAUUAGAACCAGCGAGUCUUGAUAGUGAACCUGAAGAACUCGAAGCUUCUGUUCUCGAUGAAGAAUUGGAAUUACAACAAGAAAUGGAACGUCGAAUGCGUGAAGAAGAAGAAGAAAACAAACGUAAAGAAGAAGAAGAACGUAUUAAGAAUGAAGAAAAAGAGAGACGUAAAGAACAGAGACGUCUCCAACGUAAAGAAAAGAGAAUUAAGGAAAUGAAAGAAAAACAAAAAGAAGAAGAAGAGGAAGAAAAGAAGAAGGAAAAACGAGCUGCUAAGAGAAAAGCCAUUUCUCGUGAAUUACUUUCCACAGAAGAAUCGUAUGUGAAAGCUUUGGAUGCUUGUCGUAAGAUUUAUAUGGAACGUAUUGUGACAGCACCAAAAACAAUCAUUCCAAAAGACAAAUUUGAUGUCAUUUUCAAAGACAUUGAUUUGAUCUAUAAGGUCAAUUUUGCAUUUUUAACAAAACUCAAAGCUCUAUUCCACAAUGAAGAAGAUUUAUGGGAAAAUGUGGAAUACAAGAUUGGUGAGCUUGUUCUUUCGUAUGCACCAAGUUUUAAGACUUAUUGUUCCUUUGUGAAUAACUAUGAUCGAGCAGAAGCCAUGAUGUUUGCUUGUAUUAAGCAGUACAAGCCAUUUGCUGACUUUUUAGAUCAAAUUUCAAAUGAAUUGUUAGAACAAGGUUUUCGUCAGACAGAUUUGGGAUCUUUCUUGAUUCAACCUGUACAACGUUUGCCACGUUACAACCUUCUUCUCACCGAUCUCAUGAAAAACAGUGACAAUACUGAAUCUACAGGAUAUAAAAUUCUAAAGAGAGCUCUCGGUGAGGUUCAAUCCAUUACCAACUUUGUCAACGAAGCUAAAAGAGGUGUUGAAUAUUUGGCAAUGGCCUCCAAGUUGUUGGAAAAAUUGCAACUUUCUCUGCCAGACAAUCCUGACAGAAAAUGGAUUCAUACUGAGAAAAAACUUCGUGGUUAUGUUUAUGAGAAGAGAAAAGAAUUGGCCACAAAGAAUAAGGCCCCUUACAUUGUUGCCCUUCAUAUCUUGAGCGAUUAUGCAAUUGUUAAGAGAAAGAAAGGACCAAUGUCCAACAAGGUGCAUGUGUUCAAUUUGAAAUAUACUAGAAUUAGAAGAAAGGCAGCAGAUAUGGAUAAGGAUGGUUUGUCAAUGACUUUGGAAGAUGAAGAGCAAUCUAAACUUACACCACCUGCCAUGGAAUUUGAGGUAAAAUUCCCAAGCAAGGAAAUGAGAGAAGAAAUAUUGACAAAGAUGACCAACAUUCAUCUCGACUUGUUGAGAUAA